CGGCCUGGCAACCUGUCGGCGCGUACCCAGACCUCUGCGUCCACGGCUCGCCGCGUUUGAAGAGUCUUAGGGUUGCUGAGGUCGACGAGCGCAAAAAGCGGCGACAUCACGUCCGCGCGCGCAAGGGGCUUAACAGCGCAAGCAGACACGCUGUGAGGACACGCGGAACGCUGCAGCACAGCGCGCUUACAACAGCUGCAAUAGGUGAAGCACAGCGUCACAGAGAGCUUAUUCAAAUGCCAGUCCUCUCCUUUUUUUGGGCGCGGGCGACGUCGACGGGCUGCGUGGGUGGCCGGUCGAGCGUUGCCGAACGCGCAUAGAGCUGUCGCUCGGCGGGUUCCUGGCAGCGCGCUAGGCGGCGGGCCGACCGCGCGCUGCCGAAGCUUUAGUCGCUCGACGGGCUUUGGUAGCGCGCAUCGCUCCGAGAGCGUCGACGCCGCCGCGGCGAUGCGCACACGACGAACCUUUGCAAACACGCGUCCCCUCGCAGGACGCGGAGGAGGCGGCCACCCUUAGAUCAUGCCUAAGAAUAAGGGCAAGGGCGGCAAGAACCGGAGGCGCGGCAAGAACGAGAACGAGGAGACCAAACGCCAGCUCGAAUUCAAGGAGCCCGGCCAGGAGUACUCGCAGGUCGUGCGUAUGCUAGGUAACGGCAGAUGCGAAUGCUACUGCUUCGACGGCGUCACGCGCCUUGGCCACAUCCGUGGCAAGAUGCGUAAGAAGGUCUGGGUGUCGGCGGGCGACAUCGUGCUUGUUGGAUUGAGGGAGUACCAGGACGACAAGGCUCGCUGAGCAGCGUCCUAGCGCAACAACAACCUGUAACCGUCGUUCACGCACAGGUGGACAUCAUCCACAAGUAUAAUGCUGAUGAAGCAAGAAAUCUCAAGCAGUACGGGGAGCUACCCGAGACGGCGCGCAUCAACGAGACGGCCGUAGACAUGGCAAUGGAAGGAGACGACGCCAAUGAUGAUAUCGGCAUCGACUUCGACGAGAUCUAGACUGUGCGCGCGACGAGGCGGGGCCGGCGUGCGACGAGCAGCUGCCGGAUGUGAUACCAUAAAGUUUCUUCUUGAAUCUCGCUGGAAAAGAGAGAGAGUCGCUUAUUGUAGCCCCUCUAGCACGACGGCUC